GUGGGGCUCUCGGGCUCUUCCGGACAACCCCGAAUUGCUCUCGGAAGAGGAGGGUGCUUCACCCCCACGCUGCGCCCUCUGGCUGCCAAGCGGCGGCGAAGGAAGGCGCUUCGACGUCGACGGAGACUGGAGCGACAUUUAAAGAGGCAGCAGAGGUGCCCGGAGUCCAGCUUCUUCUUGUGGGAGGACUCUGACCCUUCCUCGCCCUAGGAAGAGUAGACGGCCGCGCCGCGGAGCAGGCAUGGAGAGUAGAAAACUGAUUUCUGCUACAGACAUUCAAUACUCUGGGAGUCUGCUGAACUCCUUGAAUGAACAGCGAGGCCAUGGACUCUUCUGUGAUGUCACUGUUAUUGUGGAAGACCGAAAAUUCCGGGCCCAUAAGAACAUCCUUUCAGCCUCGAGUACAUACUUCCAUCAACUCUUCUCAGUUGCUGGGCAAGUUGUUGAACUGAGCUUUAUAAGAGCUGAGAUUUUUGCCGAAAUUCUGAAUUAUAUGUACAGCUCUAAAGUUGUCCGUGUUAGAGCAGAUUUGCUUGACGAGUUAAUUAAAUCGGGGCAGUUGCUAGGAGUGAAAUUUAUAGCAGAGCUUGGUGUCCCUCUGUCACAGGUUAAAAACAUAUCACAGGAUGGUACUGCUGAGACCUUACCUCCUGAUUCUAGUGACAAAAACCUUGACAUUGAAAAAUCAAAGGAUGAAGCCCAAGAUAACGGAUCAACGGUGAUGCCCAUUAUAACAGAAUCUUUUUCACUAUCUGCUGAAGAUUAUGAAAUGAAAAAGAUCAUCGUUACUGAUUCUGAUGACGAUGAUGAUGUUAUCUUCUGCUCCGAGAUUCUGCCUGCAAAGGAGGAUUUGCCAAGCAACAACACAGUGACACAGGUCCAGCCAAACCCAGCCCCUGUUGCUAUUUCGGAAGUGACACCUUGUCCUAGCAACAACUCGCCCCCUUUAACAAGCAUCACACCUACUCAGAAGCUUCUCGCUCCUGUGAAUCAGGCAACUCUUAGCCAAACACAAGGAAGUGAAGAACUGCUGGUGUCUUCAGCCUCAACCCAUCUGACUCCUAACAUUAUUUUGUUAAAUCAGGCUCCACUUCCUGCACCACCGAGUGUCAGUUCUUCGCUUCCAAAUCAUAUGUCCUCUUCAAUCAGUUUACUUGUACAGAAUCAGCAGACACCCAACAGUGCUGUUUUAACAGGAAACAAAGAAGAGGAAGAAAUUAUAGAUGAUGACGAUGUCACCAUUAGCUCCAGUCCAGACUCAGCAGUCAGUAAUACGUCUUUGGUCCCACAGACUGAUCCCUCCAAAAAUACCACUUUUGAUGGAUCAUUGACACAGAAGAUGCAGAUUCCUAUACUUCUUCAAGAGCCACCUUCCAAUUCUUUAAAAAUUUCAGAUGUAAUUACUACAAACACAAGUGAUCCAGGUUUAGGAUCAAAACACGUAAUGGAAGGUCAGAAGAUCAUUACAUUAGAUACAGCUACUGAGAUUGAAGGCUUGUCAACUGGUUGCAAGGUCUAUGCAAAUAUUGGCGAAGAUACUUAUGAUAUAGUGAUCCCUGUCAAAGAUGACCCUGACAAAGGGGAAGCCAAACUUGAGACUGAGCCGCCGAAGACAUCUGGCAGUGAGCCAGCAAACAAGCGCAUGAAGGUAAAACAUGACGAUCACUAUGAGUUGAUGGUAGAUGGAAAAGUCUAUUACAUCUGCAUUGUGUGCAAAAGGUCAUAUGUCUGUCUUACAAGCUUGCGAAGACAUUUUAACAUCCACUCUUGGGAGAAGAAGUACCCAUGUCGUUACUGCGAGAAGGUAUUUCCACUUGCAGAGUAUCGCACAAAGCAUGAAAUCCAUCACACAGGGGAGCGAAGGUAUCAGUGUUUAGCAUGUGGCAAAUCUUUCAUCAACUAUCAGUUUAUGUCUUCACACAUCAAGUCGGUUCAUAGUCAAGAUCCUUCUGGGGACUCAAAGCUGUAUCGCUUACAUCCAUGCAAGUCUUUACAGAUCAGACAGUAUGCGUACCUUUCCAAUAGGUCAAAGCCUGUCACAAAGGAUGAUGCUAUUGGGUAUAAGGCUGACACUGGAAAAGAGCCUCCAGUAGGGACCACAUCUACUCCUCAAAACAAGUCAAUGAGCUGGGAAGAUAUUUUUAUUCAGCAAGAAAAUGAUUCCAUGUUUAAGCAGAAUGUAACUGAUGGCAGUACUGAGUUUGAAUUUAUAAUACCAGAGUCUUAUUGAACUCUUGAAACAGCAGGAAGUUUGGGUUGAAUUAAGGGGCAGGGAUUUCAGAAGACCGAUAAAAACAAUUCAAGGUGAAGACGUCAAUUUGAACUGCCACUUCAUCUGAAAGUAGUCUAGUUGCAUUGUUAAUUUUUAGAAACAAUUUUUCCCUAAAAGUUUGAGUAGAGAUUGAACACCCCCUGAAGUAUCUGUAUAGUUUAGCUUUCAGCACAUUUAAAAGAGAUGCAUCUUUAAAGGUACAGGGAGAUAGUUUUCUGAAUAGAAUUUGAAGCAGUCUCCAUGGUCUUUGAGAAUUACUGGAGUGACUAAUAUACAUUAGUACAGCUUAUAA